UUAGAGUUCGAUAAGUCAGCUAUUACAGCAGCUCCAGUAACUCUGAUCUUCAUGAAGAGUUCGAAAUUCCUGCUAGCGUCGCUGUUCUUACAGCUCGUCCACUCCCAGAUCCAUGGUCAUGAAUCCUCCGUCUCUAAUGGGCAUCCUGCCUACGCACGGACCGAUGGACCUGCAGGAACAGAAGCUGACAGAAGCAAGCUCUCGGUAGGAGCGGCUGUCGAGACUAGAAAAUCCAUACAGGGUAGAGUGGCUGAAAAAGACUUUAAAAAUUUCAACGCUAAAAUUGGUGUUGGAGGAGGCAACGUCACUCCAUAUUUGUUGAAGGCUCAUGAGCAGACUACAACAAGCGAGAAUAACAAUGGGAAAAGACAUAUUUAUCUGAAGGUGUCAGGUAAAAACAGCGAUAAGGGUUUGGGCAAACCGACCGUCAUGAACAAAAUACAAAAGCUAACAGGAACACCUGGCGCGGAAAGUAGCCAGCAACUACACAUAACACCUGACAAAGACGAGGACAACAAAGCCAAGUUUUUUUUCGCUGGUUACAGCACAACCACAGAUACCAUCGUCAUCUUGACCACCUCGUCGACGCCGGUGACGUGCGUCCUAGGUUCUGCUACCGUCGCCGGUGGUGCACCGCCUCGAUGCACUGGACGACGUAAGAAAAGAAGCCAAAUUCUCAAUUUCGACAGAGCAAGCGACACAUCAAGGAUCAGAAUUGACUCUUCACAGGAUUCGGAAAUUGACUCCGAAGUCGAUUUCUUUGAAAAGUCUAAAGCUUUCUUCACGAUUUGGACGCAGGUCUUCACGACGACCACUUUGACGACAUUCGUCACAAAUAAGGCAUUGACUUUGUCCUUGUCAUAUUAUUGUUCAGUUGGAAACUUGGAUGUUCCGUCUAUUGGUUGCUGAAACUGAAAAUAAGAAACCAGGGCUUCAGGAAUCGUGAAGUAUUUUUAGCGCAUUUUCUCAUUUAUGAAAAAAUGCACUAUUGUGCU